AGGCCAUCGCUAGAUCGCUAGUAGGUUGGAGGCCAUCGCUAGUAGGUUGGAGAGGUUGAAGUAGGUUAAUCUUUUCCAAAACAGAUCCAUUGAUCUGGACGCAGACACGGGCCUUGGGACGAGACGGGACGGCCGGACUACCGGUCGAGCGAACUUGCGUGCAGCUCGUUUGAUGGGCGCCGCCCAAGGCUGAUCUGUCCGAGUGCCGACGCAGUUGGUCUAAAUAGGCCCAGAAGGUAGGAGCUUGCAGUAGCUGCAGCUCCCACCGACUAUCGUGAUGAUCUUUAGUUCAGAAGCUCCCUGUGUUGUUUAGACAUAUGGAAGUGGCGUGUGCCGACGUGGAAUCCUUGAGGCAACGGCAACGGUGCCUUGAAGUGGAACGUGGACGGGACCAUGAAGGAGUACUACUUACCUGGUGCCAACAUCAUCAAUGAUGGCACCACUGUCCAAUACGGCGUCAACAACAAGUACUACUUGAUGAACCACGACACCACAGAUUAUCAAGAUGCCAGCAACUUUGAGAAGUUGCAGGUGGCUGGGCAAACCCUGAUCACCACCAUCGCCUUGAACGGAGCGAGCUGCGGCUGCAACGUGAACUUCUUUCUGGUGAACAUGCCUGCAGAAACGCCGGGGGAGUAUGGUGACUACUACUGCGAUGCCAACUGUGUUGGCGGAAAUUGCUGUGCAGAGUUUGACCUUGCUGAGAUGAACAAUCAAGCCUUGCAAAUUACGAAUCACAACUGCUAUGGGUACCCCACCAAGAGCAGCUGUGAUGGCAAUGGUGAUCCCGUGAUGAGGUUUGUCCCUCCAGAGUUUGGGCCUGGUAGUGACACGAUCGAUACCACGCAGCCUUUCAAUUACUCCCUCACCUUUCAUCAGAAUAUCUACGGCGAUGGUGACCCGAACAACAACCUUGUGGCCUAUGCGAGAGUUUGGCAACAUGACACAGCUGUGGUGAAGUCCUUUGGCGGCCAGGGCAGUGCGCUCAAUAGCCAAUGGCAAAACUUGGCGGACGGCAUGGUCUUGGUGGUGGACUACUGGGAGUCCGGGAGUAUGCAGUGGCUCGAUGGUACUGGAUGUGGAUAUGGAUACGAAGAGCAAUGUGGUGGUGAAUUGGCAGACGUGGGAAACUGGAAGCUGAUCUCCAACGAUCAGGAAGAUGCUGCAGAUUGCCCAAGCCAGGGCAGUUGCAAGUGUGACUGGUUCAACCCGGACACGAUGGCCACCGCCGAUGAUGGCUCCGAAUGUUGGUGCCGUUGUGGCGGCUGCAAAGUGUCGCCUUUGGUGCCGAGAUGCUCUUGGUCGGGAUACACUCCUUCCUGGGCGACAGGGGCAGCACCGGCCGGCGCUGGCGCAGCUCCAGCGCCGGCGCCACCUGCCACCACGGCCGACACAGCCACCACCAUUGCGUGCAAGGUUGGAGACACGGUGACAUGUCCGAAUUCUACUGCGGAGUGUGCAGGCAACCAGUGCUGUCCAAACGGUGAUACGUGCCCCUCUGCCUCCUCGAACUUCACUGGCUGCUCUAAGAAAAGACUCGCUACUUGCUCCGGCAGCUCCAGCACAGCAGCUCCCUCUCCAGCACCUGCUCCAGCUCCUUUGCUCGACUGCCAGGGCGAGAGCUUCAUCGAUUGUUGGAACUUCUUUACUGCUCCAGAUCCGACGGAAGGGGAUGUGGUUUACGUGUCCAAGGACGAGGCCUUAGAACUCGGUCUUUACCAGGUCAACGAUGGCGUCGUCCUUCUCAAUAGCACGGUGGGUCAAUGGACACCGGUGAAAUCCAUCCGUUUGGAGUCAAAGGAACGCUUCUCGGAGGGCCACCUCUUCUUGAUUGAUAUCAAACAUAUGCCUGCCGGACUUGGUACCUGGCCAGCUUGGUGGUCUUACGGCCCUGAUUGGCCGAAUAACGGCGAGAUUGAUACCAUUGAGACGGUGAAUGUGGAGAACAUCGUCCAAACGACUUUGCACACCAGCUAUGGCUGCAACAUGGACAUUCCCGGCAUCAUUAAUCCAGACUGCAACGCCGAAUCUGGCCAUGAGGGCUGUCAAGUGGAAGGACCCAACAACAGUGGAGGCGCCGCCUUCAAUGAUCAAGGCGGAGGUGUUUAUGCGACCCAAUGGACUUCUGAAGGCAUUAAGAUUUGGAUGUGGCCGCGAAGCCAAAUCCCACAGGAUAUCACGGCCGGCGAACCGGACUCCUUGACGUGGGGAGAGCCAUAUGUGUUUUUCCCUUUCGGUGCGAACUGUCCAUCCACACACUUCCAAGACCAGGUCUUGACCAUCAAUACGGACUUCUGCGGGGAUUGGGCCGGGGAAGUUUCUCCCUGGGAUAGUAAGGCUGAGUGCGAUGGCUUUGUUCAAGAUCCCAACAACAUUCCGAAGAUCCAGGGCUAUUGGCAGAUCAACUAUGUAAAGGUCUUUGCCGCCUAAGGCCGACGGAGCCUCACUUGGUCGAUACAAAGGUCAUCGGCGGGAGGUUGAACGUCUCAAGUUUUGACGGUGGUGGUGAGAAGGCGUCUUCAGAAGCAAGGCGCCUUUGGCCCCCGUUCGAUAGUGCGGUCCAUGGCUGAGGCUUGUUUUGAUAAGGUCAG